AUGUUUUGCGAGGGAAAUUCUGAUUUUGCUUGGAGUUUAAAAUUAUUGGAAAAUUACUUGAUGAAAAUGCAAACAAUUCACAAUUUUGGAUUGAAAAGAGGAAAAUUAAUUCUUGAUCAAUUGAAAUCUGAAGGGGAAAUUUGUAAAUUAUUUUGUGGAUCAAUUGAUGAGAAUAGGAGUACGUUAAAAAGGUGUAUGGCACUUUGUUUAAAGUAUAGGUAUGGAUAUGAUGAGUUGGAUUCUGAUUUCUUGGUUUAUUUACCUGUAAAUUGUUUGGGUAAACAAGAGGAAGAGUGGCCUAUUGAAAUAGUUUACUUUAAAAAAAUUAUUCGAAAGGUAGAGAAGGAAUGGGCAAGAUUGGAAAAUGCAUCCAUAAUAUUGGUUCAUGGUUAUGUUGAUGUUAAUGGAAAUAUUACAAUAUUCAACGUUGAAAAUAUUACAAAGAGACCAAAAUCAAUAAUAGUUUACAAAAAAUUGAAACCUAUGGAUAUUGAAACACAAUUUAAAAGUAGUGAUUCUAAUGCUCUAGAUUUCCUCUCAAAAUUUAUUGGAAAUUUGGAGAAACCAGAUCAUUUAUUGGGAAAGAGCAGCAUUGUUGCGAGUCAGGAAUUUAUAAUUCCAAAAAGAAGACUGAAAAUUUUGUCAACUCAAUCAUAUUGGACUGUUAAUAUGGAGCCAUUUAAAUGUCAAUAUCGAGUGCUUUAUGAAGAACUAGCAGAUUCUUUUGACUUUGCUGUCAAAUAUGAUAUAAUUUAUUUGAUAAUAUUUUCAGUAUAUGUUUAUUGUAAUGCUGUGAAAUCCGUGGGAUUUUUUCAAUACAGACAUACAAGCAAUUUGUUGAGAAUUCCAUUUUCGGGAGAUUGGAAUAUUGGUCUAAAGUUUGUAAUGUCAUUGGGAUUAUUGGGAUGUCAAGCAGUGUUUGGGUUAAUGAUUUUUUCAUUGAGUGUCAAUCUGUUCCCUUAUUAUCCUAAACACAUGGGAUCUAUUCUAUUUAUUCUCAAUACUCUCUGUUAUUUUACUGAAAUAGAUUUGGGAAGAUUCAAUGAAGGAAACACCUUAAAAUCAUGGACGAAUAUCCUUGCUCCAGUCGAACUCUGUCACAAUAUCAUACUAUAUGCUGCCUUUGCAGAAAAGUGCAACGUUAGGAGAAUGCUUUAUUGGAUUAAGCAUGCCACUAACUCAAGUCUUCACUUUAUUUCAAAGAAAGUAAGAGGAAUCAUCAAGUCCACAUUAUUCAACAACACAGAAAGUAAAUGA